ACUAGUUAGCAGUAGUUUUAGUCCCGGAGGUGCGAAUAACUGCUGCAGCUGUUUUUCCAAAAUCUCCGCUCACGGUUUCGCGCCCUCUCGUCCACACAGUAUACGUGUGCAUCACUCCCCCCCCCCAAAUCUGAUCCUUUUAUCUCUCGCCUCCUUCUCCGCUAUUUUCCGCCCCCCCCCCUUGUUCCGCUGGUCGCCACCUCCUCUGAUACAGUGCACACACUCCUCCGCUUCAAACGGCUUGGCUCGUAGCGCUCCGCAGUAUACCCGGCGCGCCGUCGCAUCUCUCGCCGAUUUUUACCGAUAACGCGACUCUCGCCUGCCACUGACAUUCCACGGGCUACGUCAUCCUCCGACCAAUUCAACCAAAACCUUUGGUGUAUGCAAUAUGCGACUCGCUCCACUCGCUCGCCGAUCGACAGAUGCGUCCAGCUGCACCGACGGAUCCUCUACUUCGCGCCGAUCCCGCGCCACAGUGCCCGCAAAAGAGGUGCGGCCUCUGCUCGCGUGCACGACAAUCAUCGCGCUGCGGUUGCGUUGUUUCAUAAGUCACGGCUCAUCUUAAUUACACGUGGAAUUCAUGCUACCGGAAAGCCAAUUUCCCGUCACAGGGGGCAUUAUGCAAAGCGAGGACAUCGUGGCUGGCACGCAAUCAAUGCUGCUAGAUGACCAUUCCCCCGCACCCGAGUGUAGAAUCGCCGCGCUCGAGGAGCAACCGGUCAAGUUGACGAACCACCUCCACUUGAACCAGCCGCAGGACGCACCACCACCGUAUCCGGUGCAAGUGCCGAGUAUGGCGGUCAAGCAGGAGCCCGCCGAAGAGGAGGACAAAGCUCGAGGACAACCCAACGCUGGACUGAACAGUCCGCAAAUGGAAAUUGAGGACGGACAGUCCCUUGCAGACGGCAACUUGGACCCAUCAAUGGCCCCGGCCUGCAAGAGGCCUCCACCCGGUGGUGAGCACAUCAGCCCCAAGUUCGAGCUGCCCGGGGCACAAGUAUCGCCGAACUCGGUGCUCCCUUGCAAAAAACAGCCGAGCCGGGGUCGUCGAAAGUCGCGCUGGAAGCUCAAGUUCCACCACCAAGCUCUGCCCCCGGAGUAUCUGGACCACUACGAGGCCGCCCUGGCGCAGGAGGCCGCGCAACUCUCGAGCCCCGUCGAGGCGCAGCCGCCCUUUGGUAGACACCCGCAGCAACGGCAGCUACCACCGACCCCGACUGGCUUCAGUCCCGACGUUCAAAACUGGAUCCAGCGUUUCACGUUUAUGCAGCAACAGCAGGCCGAGCUCUCCUCGGCCGCCUCCAGGCGUUCCGUCAUCCGGUCGACCCACUCGUCCUUCCCAACCUACAAUUCCCCGCAACCGCCACAGUCGCCCCUCAACAACGAGCAGACGAGCGCGCGGCCGCCGAUGCAGUACUCGGACCUGCCCUACAUGGGCGAGAUAACCCUCGACAACAGCAAGCCCCGCCGCGGCAGGAAGCCCAAAAAGGCCGACAUCUGCCACCUGAUAUACAAAAACUACGGCACCAUACUGCCCGGCACGCCGGCCGGUCUUCAAGAGGCCAAGCCACCGGUAGCCCCGGCCCCGGUGCUGCACUCCCACGACGCGCACCAGCAGCAGUUGGGCUUCCAGCGGAGCGACAUCCAAAACAGGAUAAGCAGCCUCCUGGAGCGCCGGCUGACCCAAGAGCGCAGGGCGCUGGAAGCGUCGGCCAGGGAGCAGGACGGCCCGUUGAACCUGUGCGUGCGCGACCUCAGGCUGACGGGUAGCAGCGAGGGCUCGAGCGACGCCGAGGACGCGGAGCCGGUCCAGCAGCGGUGCGGCAACGGCUGCAGCAACAGGUCGGCCGUCCACGAGGAGAGCAACGGGACGGAUGUACCCGGACCACUGUCCUACUGGCCCGACCAGCUCCUCUGCCUGCAGAGGCUGGUCCAAGCCGAGCAGCAGCAGCAGCGCCUCGUUCCCAAGCCCCUGUCGUCCCUGCUGGAGGCGACAGUGGCUCCUCCGUCGAGUCCUACGGCUAGCAGCAGCACCGGUAGCAGCAGCAACAACAGUAUAAGCGCGGAGCCGACGAGACGUGGCAGUCCUACGACGACCAGUGAGCCGAGGCACCACCAGGUCCAGUCCAAACGCAAGCGCUCGGCGAUCUUCAUACCGCCGGUGCCCGCGGAGAACAGCAGUGGCGCCAAUACCCCCGCCACGGAGGUUAGCAUAUGCAAGUUCAAGUUCACGGGGGGCGCGAGGCCGAGUCUGCAGGAGAAGAAGAGCCUGUCCGUCGACGCGGGGGGUAACUUUCGCUACUACAGCGGCACCGGGGACAAGAGCAUGCGCGGCUACGAGUUCUUUCCCCGCGAGGCCCUCCAGCAGCAAAGGCCACCAGUGACGUCGGUAACGUCGCCCGCGUCCUUGGCGACGGGGCAACAGCAGCUGGAGGACGCUCGGGGGCGCAAGACGCGCAAGACCCGCAAGAGCAUCCAGCGCGAGAAGCUGGAGCAGACCUUCAAGGAGAAGGGCUUCCUCAUCCAGACGCAGCAGCACGAGUCCGUCGAGGGGGCGACCUUUUGCAAGUUCCGGCAGUUGCGCAAGUUCACGCGCUACCUCUACCGGCACUGGAAGGAACGUCUGCCCGACGACGUGGCCGAGUUCAACGGCGCGACUGCCUCGGCCAGCCUGGGCCAGGCGCAACUGGUCAACGAGCUAGCUGACGACGGCAAGGGUGCGCCCGUCGAGCUACAACAGCAGUACCACCAGGAGAACCAAAUGAACAUGGAUCUCGAGCCCGGACUGAUGACCGACUCCUAGAGUCGUGGGGGUUGCAUUUACGUCACCUAUGGUACACAUUGUGUAACUUGACGUUGCGGUGUUUGGUUCGCUAUUAUUUUCGUUUUGUCGCUGUGCAAUGUGCUUCCCUCUUUCUUGAGGGCUUUCGGCAAUAUACCUCACGUGUAAUCAAUUGCAGUUCGCGAGUGUAAAUAAGUGAUGGUCUUUAUUUAAUUUAAGCGCGUUUUUAGCUAAUUCAACGGUUAAGAGAUGGGGAGGGGGGGGGCGAUGUUUUCUCAUCAGCUUUGUGCCAAAGAACGUAAGAUAUAAUUAUAUUAAUAUAUGCUUAUGCAUUAUAUAUUAUUAUAUGCGAUCAGCGCGCGUAUAAACGUUACAGUUGAUUGAAUCGAUUGUCGGUUCGUCUGUAUUCUUGCAGUGUAUAAAAAAAAAAAAAAAAAAAAAAAAAAAAAAAAAAAAA